CUCGUGAUCGAGGCGGGGGUGUUUGGGCAGACCGAUGAAGACCGCGAGUUUGGCCUGAUAGGCACAAAGCAGCGGAUGUCCGGGCAAAGCGUUGCCGUAUUGGGCGAUCAUCUGUACAUUGAAGGCGGGCAAGUGUCAACUUGGGUCGAUGGAAAACAACAAUUUCUGCAGGACGACGCACUGGAACUAAACAAAACACUAUCGAUGCCGAUAAACACGAAAUGGACAACGAAAGAUGUCAAACUCACUGAGAUUCCAUACCCUGAUGGAAUGCGUUCCGUUAUGUUAGCAGGACUAUGGGCGAACGAGAGAACAAAGUCAGUGUACAGAUGGGGAGGCGAGCUACAUCGAAAAGAGAAGUUUGAAAUGGGCCACGAGACGAAGCUGCAUGUCCUCGAGACGGACGGAAAGGGAGGCGGACACUGGACAUCUAAAUCGCUGCCGCAGUCCGUAUCAUCAGGGGAGAUCAAAUUCAGCAGUUUUGGAGCAUCGACAUUCUGCGAUGGCCGGGGAUUCUACAUUGGCGGUUUCUCGUCCAACUCGACAGGGGAUUAUAGGCAAGAUGAAAUGACAACUCCGGGCGUGGUAACGUAUAACAUGGACACUGGUGACUUAUCCAAUACGACGUCUCCCACCGCAGUGACAUUGCAUGACGAAAAUAUCUGGGCAGGCAAAGCUGUUUGCGUGACAGCAUUCAAGCGACCUCUUGUCAUAGUCCUCGGCGGAUUCGACGGGACACACCGAAGCAAUGCGCGAGAUUUGGGAGAACCCAUAGUGUACGAUGCAAGUCCUGCUUCACCAAAGUGGCAUUCCCAGCAGAGAGCCACAGGAGCAGGAGACAGUAUUCCCGGGAAGCGCUUUUCUUUUUGUGCAGUUGGUGCCCAGGGCAAAAAUGGCACCUAUGAAAUUUUUAUAUAUGGCGGUACCAUAAAGGGUGAUAAACGUAACACCGUUUACGAAGACGUCUGGAUCUUAUCUCUCCCUGCAUUCAGAUACUUCAAAGCCGAUGUUACUUCAACCACCUUUCCGCGGGUUCAUCUUGCCUGCGCAGCUGUUGGCAGAUACAUGAUUACCAUUGGGGGGACCUCUAAGGACAACCCUGACAAAUGGGAGGAAAAUGAUCCGUUUUUCAAAGCCAUAGGGGUUUUCGACAUGGUCGAGAUGAAAUGGACAGAGGACUUUGAUCCUAGCAAAGGAGAUUAUGACAGCCCGAAUGAUGUCAAAAAGUGGUACCAGAAAAAUAACGUUGACGCAUAUGGGUUUUAUGACGAUAGUAUCAGAGACCUUUUUAUCGAUGCUCCAAGUAAUAGCAAUGACAGCAAUCACAACAGCAAACACGAUAGCGCUCCUCUUGGUCCUAUAGUUGGCGGAGUCAUUGGGGGAGUUACCUCGAUACUUUUAGCUAUUGGUGGCUUCUGGUUCUUCCGCCGCCGUCGAGCCCAAGAUGAAGAACGACAAGGUAUUGACCUAGCAACGCUCCAAGGUCAGCCUGCAGAAAUGAAUGCCCCCCACGGAGGCUCAGAUGACAACCUCAAGGUUCCUUCGCCUCAGAAACGUACGAGCCAACUGGUUGAGGCGGGCUGGAUAGAUACUGAGCUUGAUUCUACUGCUGUGUUGGAAAUCGAGUCUACUGGGCUGGCAGAGAUGGAGGGUUGUACAGAUCAAAACCUCGGCGAUAACGAGGACUCAGACGGCCCGCUAAAUCAUAGAGCGGAGCUGGCAUAA